AUGCGUUUGCAUAUAAUUGCUCAUUGUAUAAUUUCUUCUUUUUGCGAGGACACGGUGUCAAGUCAAAGUUCAGAAUCCGGAGAUAAUCCGGAUGGAUUAUCGUUUCCUCAGCAACUCGGUCUUAUUAAACUUAAAAAUGUCGAGGGUAGAACGUCGAGAAGAGAAUCACAAGACGUGCAGGAAAAUAAUAAUAAUAAUAAUAAUCCGGCUUUUUCGAAAAGGUACCUACAGUGUCCGGCCGUCGUGAGCGUUUUCCACUUGAAAAAAUUCAUACGGAACAAACACGAUUUGACCGAGAAAAUGCAGGUGAAUAUUAUACAUAAACGAGUUCCUCUUCCGGAUCAUUACACGUUAAUGGACGUCGCUUACAUAUACACAUGGAAAAAGAGUUCUCCGAUGAGAUUUUUCUACAACAUAUGCGAAAUCAAGAGACAAAGGAUUAAAAUGUUGCCGAGAGUGAUCAAAGCGGAAGAAGAAGAAAAAGUACAACAACAACAACAACAACCGAAAACGGUGGCGGUCGUAAAUGGAGAAACCGAAUCUCCACCGGAAGUCACGGUCGGAGUGAAACAAAAAGAGGGCGUUAAAACGAAUGGCGAAAUAUCCGUGAUGAAAUUCAAUAAGAACGCGAGUGUCAAAAGUGAAAUUAACAGUGGCGGAGUCGGAGACAAAAAAAUAAUUCAAGGAGAAACAAAGGAAAUUGUCAACGGUUCCGCGAUAAACAACAACAACAACAACAACAAUGUUGUAGAUAACGGUAAAAACGUUUCGUUGACGAAAGAUAAUUCAAAGUCGGAGAAAAAAACGGAAAUCCCCGUUUGCAAUGGUAAAAGUGAAACGAAAGACUCUAUGAUCGUCGAGAAAGAAAAGACGUCGAACGCGACGAAAAUUAAAUCGUGUGAAAAAAGUGAUGAAGAUGAUAAGAUAUGCGAUGAAAGUAGAAAACCUGCCGAGGUACGUGAAAAUGAAAUUAAUAAUAAGUCUGAAGAAAAGCCUUUGAAAAAUAACGAACAAGUUUUGCUCAAUCCCAUUUCCGGUAAGUUGGAAUCAGUGCCUUCUUCUUUAAAUGAAAAUAAGCAAAGUGCUAAUAACGACGAAACGAUGACGAUAAAGAAAAAAGAAAACGAAGACGGUAAAGAUAAGAAAAAAUCAUAUGUGAGCAUAUUGAAAAAAUUCCGAAAGGAAAAAUCGGGUGACAAAAAAGAAUCGUUAACGGUCACAAAGAAAGAAACGACAAACGACAAAUGUUCGCCUCCUGUUCUUCCCUCUCCCCUGGCCAACCUUGAAAAAUCACCUUUGGAAAAAUCCACCCCCCAAAUCGCUGACGUUUCCGUCGAAAUCAAAUCGGACAAAAACGAUUCGGAAUAUGAUUUCGAUGGUACGAGUCCACCGAAUAAAUUCAUGUCCCUUCAAGAAUAUUCUAAAAUGUCUAAACAUCUUAAAUGUUUGGCAUCGAAAGACAAGGGAAACGAAAACGGUUGGAUUUCUUUGCAAGAUUUCAGAGAUCACAUGUUGAACAACAGUCCUGCCGCGAGCAAAGACUCUUCCCAGCAAAAGGAAAAAAAGAAAUCCGUUCCCUCGCUUUUUCGAAUCGGUACGGAAAACAAUAAAAAAGUGAGUCCGAAACAUCAAAAUGGAAAAUUGACGAACGACGGAACGAAACCGAAAAAAGUGGCACCGACGAUAAUCAAUAUAAAAACGGAAGGAGAAAAUAGAAACAAAACGGAAAUUAAAAUCGAUUAUCCGUCGAAGGAAAAAUCUUCGAGUUCGUCUCCUCCGAAACCCAUCAAAAUUGAAAACAAAGGCGGAGAAUACAGUAUCAAACAUGGGGAAGAUGAUGAAAAAUCGGGAGUGACGAAACACGAAGAGAAAAUUUCGCAGCAACCGAAUAACGGCGGGCCUGGUGACGAUGGUAAAAUUUUGAAAACGGAUGACGACGCGAAAACGUCGAAAGACUCACCGAAAGAAUCCGUGAAAAGGAAAAAUGCGGAAAAAUCAGAGGGAGAACCCGCGGCGAAAAAGAGUAAAAUGAUGAUGAAUUCCGAGGGUAGUAAAAACGACAAUUUCGGAGCCAUCGAUUUAUCGAAAACGGAUGCGAGUUCAAAAGGUGAUAAAAAUCCGUUGGAAAAUCUCAUGGAUCUCGCGAAUAAAUCCGGAACGUCGAAAAGUGACGAAAACAUGGUGGAAGCGUUGAUAUCCGCGGCACAAAACCAAAGCAUCGAACCUCUUUUGAAAAUACCGCAGUAUUCUCACAACAGCGCGAAAACGUCACCGAGUCAAAGUUCUCCGCCGCAAUCGCGAAACAUAUCCUCGAACGACAUUUCACAAGCUCUGCAGUUUUUCAGAGACCUGAGAACGGACAUAAAAAAUCUGGAAGCGAAAAGUCAAUUGAGUCCGAAUUCGUUCAUCGAACAUUUGUCGCAGAAAUCGUCCAACCUGGAACCGCUUCAGCUCUACCAACAGCACAUAAAUUUAAUAAGACGAUUGAAGAGACAACAAAUGGCGGCGAACGUGACGGAUGCGCCGCAAAGGAAAACUCCCAAAUUAUCGCCGACGAUGCUGUUUCAAAUACAAGAUCAAAUGGAAUUGCAAAAUCGUAUGGUAGCCGCUCAAACCUACAAAAACCUUCCUCCUCUCUUGCAAUUUUACAAUCAUCCAUCAGCUUUUUGUCCGACUCCUCCGUCACCCCCUAAAUCCGGUCAAAACAAACUCAAACCUUCUAGUCACUCACCGAGUUCUCCGAAAUCUCCUCCCAAUUCUCGUAAUAAAUCCCCUCAAAGUCUAUCCUCUCCUCCCGGUGCUCUCUCCAUGUCUCUCCCGAAUUCGGAUCCAUCGUUUUUCGCAUCGCAAAAGUACAAUCAAUUCAUAAACGCGGGUUUGAAUUCGGAAAUGACGUUUCAUCAAACGUUUCAAAAUUAUUUGAAUCAACAAGAAAAGAUAAAUCAAUUGAAACAAUCGCAACAAUCGAUGGGACAAAAGCAACAGAAUCUUCCGGUCUACGGGAAAUCCAUAUCCGAUUUGUACUACGGACCUCCCCCGCAACAGCAAACGGUUAAAAAGUUGGAAUCUCCCACCACCAAUUCCAUGGGUGCCGUGCAAAAAACGUGA